UAUGAAUAUUGAUUUUUAAUUUUCAUUUAUUUGUUCAUUUAACAGAUGGACACAAACUAGAAUAUUUGUAGCAUUUAACAGUUUUAUGAUGCUCCAAGUACUAAAGCAUCACCAGUUUUGUUUUUAUAGAUGUAAAUCCCAGGCUCCUCCCAAACUCCAGCCAUUUUCCCAGAGUUUAUGAAAAUUUUGCUUCAGAGUAAAGCAGGCAAGUGUAUUCAUUAGAAGUAGAGAGAGAAAACUAGAGAGAGAGAUUAGGAGGAAGAGACAGGAGGUGACUUAUUGGAACUAGUCUCUAUUUGGGUUGAUGGAAAGGUUUAGUAAUGGAUGGUGGUUGUGAUAGCACAUAGAGAAUACUAUCAACAGCAAUGAAUGUUACAGUUGGAUGUGGUUAAAAGGGGGAUGUUUAGGUUUAUAUGUGUUACUAGAACAAACAUUUAAAAAUAAAGAGGACAAUACAGCACAGUGAACCUUAAUACAAAUGAUAGACAAUUGUUAAUAGUACAAUUAUAAAAGGUUCUUUCAUGAAUUGUAAUAGAUAUACCUCAGUAAUGUGUAAUUUAAAUAAUAGGUGGUAUGUGGGAACAACUGUAUGCAUGAGCUUUUCUGUAAAUCUACUAUUUCUCUCAUAAAACAAAUGAAAAAGUAAUAGGAUUCAGAUAAAAAAGGAGAAAAAAGAUUUAAGGGGAUGAUUCAGAGAAUAAAUAGGAGAAAAUAAAUAAUUACUGUGUAUCCACAGCUAAGUGGUCCUAUUUUGUGGUUUAGCUUAUGUUCCUUGGAUUCUUUUUAUAUUCCAGUCACUCUGCUGUGUUUACAUAGAAAAUAUAAUUUAUUUUUUUAAUAAUCUUAUUAGAUAGAUGAGGAAACUGAUGUUAAAGGAGGUUCAUAAAUUCGCCUAAAGGUAAGGAAGAAUUCAGUGCAAUCAUAUUCCAACCAGGAUUGGCUAAAGAUGGGAGAAUAGGCACAGGUUGUGGAUUCAAUGUUUCAAUGUUUGGGGAAUAACUGGAAAUAGGAGAAAAAUAUAAGAAUGUAAUGUCUCACACUUUCUUCUGUGUUUUAGGUUAAGCUUAAGCUUUGACUGUUGUUAUUCCCAUAAGUAUGAUACUGAUGUGCAUCAAACCACGUAAUAAGUAUACUGGACUCUAGAAAAUAUAUGUUUACAACUUUGGAAUUUCUGACAUGUAAAGAAGGGAUUUCUAGUGGGAGAAGAAGCUCAGUAUGAUGAACAUGUCAUUGUAACUGGCUCUUCAGUCUCUAAAGAAUCUGGGAUGUGAACACAGGUGAAGUUCUGAAUACACUGACCCACCACAAUGAGGCUGUAUUGCAGCUACACUUUAGCAAUGGACUCAUGGUGACUUGUUCCAAGGACAACUCCAUCACCAGCUUGGAUGUUUAGUGCUUGGACUGUCUGAGAGUGAAAACCCAAAGGAAGAUAGUUGGUGACAGAACUACUGACAAUGGAACCAGUGGAAUCAGUGACCUUCAGUGAUGUAGCUAUCAGCUUUACCAAGGAAGAGUGGGCCAUGCUGGACAUGAACCAGAGAAAGAUGUUCAGAGAUGUUAUGCUGGAGAAUAUCAAUCAUCUGGUGUUCAUGGGGUGUCAGGUCUGCAUAUCAGAAGUGUUUUCACAGUCAGAACAAGGAGAACUGUGGAGAGAAGGAUUAAGAUAUCUCCAAGUACAGAGUCCAGGCAGGGAAAAUGGCCAUAAAAAAGAAGAAAUGAUAACCAUGCAUCAUAUCUCUAAGAAGAACACAUCUACCAACCAGACAAAGAUUUUUCACACUGAAGAGGAUCCCCUUGAAAGUAAUGAUUUGGGAGAAUAUUUCACUCACUCCACAAUGACUGACAUGGGAAAGAAACCCAAUGUAAACAAACAAUUUCAAAGAGUUCUCAAUUGUCAUUCAUUCACUGGUCAAAGUAAGAAAAUUCAAACUGGAUGUAAGUCAUAUAACUGUCAUCUAUGUGGAAAAGUCUUCAAAAGUAGUUCUGGCCUUAGAAAACUUGAGAAAAUACACACUGGAGAAGAGCCAUAUGGCUACCAUCUACGUGGGAAAGACUCCACUGGUAGUUCUACCCUCAGACAACAUGAAAGAAUUCACACUGGGGAAAAACCCAAUAUCUGCAAUGUAUGUGGGAAAUCCUUCAAUCGUUGUGGUAACCUUAGGCGACAUGAAAGAAUUCACACUGGGGAGAAACCAUAUGUCUGCAGUGUGUGUGGAAAAUUCUUCAGUCAAUGUGGUACCCUUAGAGAACAUGAAAGAAUUCACACUGGAGAGAAUCCCAAUAUCUGCAAAAUAUAUUCUGCCUCCCCAGGAGGUGAUUAUCCACUUGGGGACUUGACUCCAACCACUAUGGAAGAGGCCACCUCUGGAGUAACCCCUGGGACUUUGCUGAGUACCACAGUCACCUCAUUUCCUGAGAUUCCUGACACCAUUCCUCCAGGAUCUCCACCCUUAGAAGCCCCCAUGACCCCAGUAACAUAUGGUUAA